CGUGCCAUUGUAAUCUAACCAGACUCACACAAUGAUCGUGUACGUGGGAUUUAUAUUGUUAAUGUUAACCGGUCUUAUUUUAUUAGGGCUAGUUGGAAUUAAAAUAUGGAUAGAAGUAACAAAAAAAAUGUGUUCGUGCAAAGUGAAUCUAGAAGGUAAAAUCGUUGUAAUUACUGGUGGUAACACGGGCAUAGGGUUCGAAACUGCGAAAAUACUGGCCAAGCGUGGAGCCACCGUCGUGAUCGCCAGCCGCAACGACGCCAAGUCAAAGGCUGCCGCGGAAAAGAUCACCGAAGUCACGGGAAACCCCAACAUCUUCUACAAACAUUUAGAUCUUGGAAGGCUAGCCAGCGUGAAGAAAUUUGCCGAAGAUUUUGACAAAUCAUUCGACCGCUUAGACGUUCUGAUCAACAACGCCGGCUUCACCGAGGCCGAGCAACGCCACAGCGAAGACGGAAUCGAAAACGUGAUGCAGGUCAACCACGUCGCUCACAUUUAUCUCACUAACCUGCUGAUGCCCAAGAUAGUUGCUUCCAAACCUAGCCGCAUCAUAAUUGUAACUUCGAUGGCCCAUGCAACCCAUAAGUUCCAACGUGACGACUUACUGCUUGGAAAACGACGUCUUAACUUCUGGACAAGAUAUGCCAAUAGCAAACUGUGCAAUUUGUUAUCCGCUAAGGCUAUGGCGAAGCGCCUUCCGGAAGGCGUCACAGUAAAUUCUCUGCAUCCAGGAAUGGGAAAGUCAGACAUAUUUGCGAAAAUCCCGGAUUGUCCUAAGAAGAUACUGUAUUUCAUCAUGGACCGCAUAUGUAAGACGGUGGUGGAAUGCGCGCAGACGUCGGUGCACCUGGCCUGCGCGCCCUCUCUGGCGAGCGUGUCGGGCCUGUACUUCGAUGAUUGCGAAGUUACCACUCCGCACCAUACAGUCACUGAUGAACUGGCUGAACAGGUCUGGACUGACACUUUGUCCUUGAUCGAAGACAGAACUAAAAGAUUCGAGAAGAUUGGUACGGAAUAACGUAAUGUUACCAGGUUUUCUUUAAACUGAAUAUUGUGCUGCCUAUAAACAAAUCAAAAUUAAUUACUUACAGACUAAAUAAAG